AAAGAGAUCAGCCUCACGCUUAUAUUUUAUUGUUAUCUAGGCCGCGAUAUUUCACGGUAUGGCCCUGACGACACGAUAGGCAACCACAAUUACUUAAUUCCGACGUCUCUACCGGACAAUCAGCCUGCACCUCAAGUUUUCAUCUUUCCAGCCUGGAGUGAAAGUCCAAAUUGAUUUCCGGCUACCACCAUACGUCAAAGCCAAUCGGCCACCAAUUGACCAAACUCACUGCAAUCAUGUCCACCGAACAAUCAGAAACCGGUGCCUCCACACUCCACACCUCCAUACCACCAGAUCUGGAGAAAUACGCCAUCACCAGGGCAGAGUUUUUCAAACAGAACCCGCAAGUAGAUGCCCUAGCGGUUGGCGCUGUCGUGUAUCACAAGAAGCGGCUACUACUCAUCCAACGCAGCGCUUCCGACCGCGCAUUCCCAAACUUCUGGGAAAUCCCAGGAGGUGGUAGUGAAGACUCUGAUGAGACUAUUCUGCACGGUGUAGAGAGGGAGUUGAUGGAGGAGACUGGGUUCAAGGCGAAGCGGUUCGUGAAACUAGUAGCACAGUUGGAGUGGAACGAUAAGAGGCCUGGGAGAACCUCCAAGUGGGCUAAGGUGAACGUGGAGGUCGAAGUCGAGGGAAUAGAGACAGACGGAGAUUUGGAGAUCGUUCUUGCUCCUAAGGAGCAUCAGGCCUUCGUCUGGGCGACAGAGGAGGUUGUCGAGGAGAAGAGGAAAGAUGGGACGUCACUGGGCAUAUUUAGCCCCAGGGAGUGGACCCCAACGUAGAAGUUGUGAGAACUAAGUUCUUCGGGCGGGAAGAUACGAUAAAGGAAGGACCAUGGCCGGUAAUGGAAGGUGAUUAGAUGGAAUGGUCUCGGUGAAUAUGGAAGCAAAAGGAAGCAUGGUCUGGGCUUUGCAAGGCAGACGUGGCGUUUGACGUCAACAUAGAGGUUAUUAUAAGUCAGGCAUAGACUAUAGAUUUCAUGUCUAGGACCGUUUCCGAGUGCCA